AUGCUUACGAAUGAGUGCUGGGCUUGUAAAGUAUGGAUUGCGACUGUCGUGGCCAACGACUGUCAAUACGAAGCGCAGCUUGACUCAUUCUAUUCAGAAUGGAUUCGAGGUUGCCAAAAGUGUCUCCCAAGUGAACUUUGUAAAUACGACAACAUGGGAUAUCCAGCUCCACCAUUACUUACGGAUGAAUCAAGUAGCGAUGAGGGAUUUGCCAUCCAGGUAAUCGCUCCACCGACGACACUAUCAUGGCUCCCGAUUAAACUAGCUCAUGGGGAAAGAGAGCUUCUUGACCACUUUAUAUAUACGGCGCCUUCCACAUUGGCUAUUUUCGAACCGAACAAGAGCGACUUCUUAGGUCUUUUGGUGCGCCUAGCUCUUUCAGACAAUUCACCAGCUUCAAUGGCUGUGCUACAUUCGGCAUUGGCUCUCUCGUCGUUCCACCGCAAUGGUCUAAAAGCAGAUGUUUACCGGCUCAAAGCUCGCGCUCUCCGUAUACUGAUAACAUCUUGCAUUCCAUCUAUUGAAGACCCCCUGAUAGUUCAGCACAUUGCAGCUAGUAUGAUACUGUGUCAUCUUGAGGUAUCGCUCAAGAUGCUCGGAAUGCCAAACUCAGUGUCUGUGUGGUUCUGUCACUUGAGUGAAGCUAAACAUUUAAUCGACAAUGCAUCCGUUAGCAGCCAAUGUUUUCGACGAGAAUUUUCUGGAAUUCUGGGCUGGGUAGAUUAUCAUAUGGUCAUGGCCCGGUUCAGCAUCCGACACUGGUAUAUGCACAAAGAAUCUGCUAAAAGAAUGAAGGAUUCUGUUAACGACGUAUCGCACUGCUCGCAUGAGAUUCUUCGAUAUUUGCAUAUUAUGCUCGAGACGAUUAGAAAACCGACAGACGUAUCAUACCAUGAUGAAGAAUACGAAAGGUCAUUGCGUUGCCUCGAAAACACGAUAACUAAUAUUGUUCCGUUGGCGACAUCUGAUACCAUGUCGGACCCUAGCAGAGCCUGGGUGGCUACGAUAGAGCUUUUUAAACUAGCCGCUCUAAUUUAUCUUCAGAGAGCAUCACGAAACUUUUCAGGGAAAUCGCCGCAAAUUGAUGGAAUGGUUGAUAGAGCGCACAUACUUCUCGAUGACUUGGGAAGCUUUAAUCCAACCUUUCCACUGCUCAUUAUUGGAUGCGAGGCUCGGACGGAUGAGCAGAGAAUGAGAAUUCUGAAGCAAGUUGAAAGAGCAAUGAAGACUUCAAGUUUGAGAAGCUUGCGUGAACUGCAGAGUAUUCUCCAGCACAUAUGGGUGCAAGAUGACCUUGCGGUGGAUUAUGAAUUAGACUACUUGAAUAGGUUGGACGCUGUGAUAACUUCCUACCAAAUCAUGCCAAGUUUUGUCUAAUAUAGGAAGCUCCCGGAAGCAGUAUUUUGCUGCAUG